GUGCGCAUACUCUUCCGCCGCAGGCCAGUGGAGGUGGGGAAGGUUAGCUGCUGUCAUGGAGGACGCAGCGACGCCCGGGCGGAGUGAGGGAGUCCCUGAAAACCAAGUUCGUUCGGCGACAGAUCGGGGAGGAGCCCUGGUGGAGCUCACCCCGAACCCCGGCGGCCUGGCCCUGGUGAGCCCCUACUACACCCACCGGGCCGGGGACCCCUUAGACCUCGUGGCGCUCGCAGAGCAAGUACAGAAGGCUGAUGAAUUCGUCCGGGCAAAUGCCACCAACAAGCUAACAGUGAUAGCUGAGCAAAUCCAGCAUUUGCAAGAACAAGCCAGGAAGGUAUUAGAAGAUGCUCGCAGAGAUGCUGACUUGCACCACAUAGCUUGUAAUAUAGUGAAAAAACCUGGCAACAUUUACUACCUUUAUCAACGGGAGAGUGGUCAGCAGUAUUUUUCUAUUAUUUCUCCAAAGGAAUGGGGAACGAGUUGUCCACAUGACUUCAUUGGUGCCUACAAGCUACAGCAUGACUUGUCCUGGACUCCCUAUGAGGACAUGGAGAAGCAAGAUGCUAAAAUCAGCAUAGUGGACAAAUUGCUAAACCAGCCAAUGGCCCUGCCUCCAACGCCUGACCCCAACUUCCAGGGACUGACUCACUGAAAAUGGACUCUGACACACAGCUCUCACGGCAAGGACCUGUCACCUCCUUGUUGCCCCCAUUCUCUGCCUUGAUGGGGGUGGCGGGAGAAUUGAGGAUGUGUAAGUGAAUCAUGAACUGCUUGGAAGGAGACCCUAUGUGAUUGUAAUGCUGUCAUUAUUAGUUUUAGUUGGGAUGAUAAUGAGUCACCUCAGUCUUUUUUGGGAUCCUCUCUGGGUCACAGAUACCCACCCAGUCAGUUUCAGCAUACUGGCUAGUGUACUUUCCUUCUCCUUUGUCUCCCUCUCUUCUCCUAAGUCAGAGCAUUAGAGAAAGAAGAGUUUUUCUUCCCAUAAAAAGGUUGGCAAGGAUUUCCAUAGGGGACUGGUUUUAAUUUUUUUGGUAACUAGUGUUUAAGAUUGGGUUUAGGCUACUUUAACAGUUGGUGCAGUCAAGCUUCAAAUUCAUCAGGGAGCUCGGCCGGUGUGGCUCAGUUGUUGAGUGUCCCCUAUGAACCAGGAGGUCAUGGUUCGAUUCUCAGUCAAGACAUAUGCCUAGGUUACGGGCUUGAUCCCCAAUGUGGGGCAUGCAGGAGGCAGCGGGUUGAUGAUUCUCUCUUAUCAUUGAUGUUUCUAUUUGUUCCUCUCCCUUCUUUUCUGAAAUCAAUAAAAAUAUAUUUAAAAUAAUAAUAAUAAAUUCAUCAGGGAACAAGAAUGUUGUGUAAUGGAGGAUGAUAAACAGCUUGGCUUGGCUGCACUAGUGUGUGUGAUUCUGGUAUUUUUGCACUAUUGGUGAGGUUUGACUUGCCCUCUCUGCUCAUUCUGCCUUGCUAGAGUGAGUGGAGAAUCUGAGAAAGCACAAUGGCCAGAUUUGGGGAGGGUCAGCCUCUCAACUCACAGAGUCUGCCCUUAGAUCCUUGCUACAUGGGUCUCCCCAACAGGGCAACUUUCUUCUAUCCCCUCGCCAGUCCAUUCUGCAAAGAUCAGCUUGAUCUUACCUAAGGUCACACAACUCAUAAGCAAUGGAGCACCCCUCCCCUUCACAAGAUAGGUUUAUUAAGGAGUCGGAGCUUGGGAGGAUGGAGCUCCUAAGUGCCUAGAGCAAUUGGGCCUUUGUAGUCUUAAGCAGCAUUUGAUUCAGUUGUGUACUCGCUGCUUGAAAGGUUUUUUUCCUUCAUUUUGAGAUGGAAUUACAAUAUCUGCUUUUCUCCUACUUCACUAAUUCCACUUUUUCAGCUCCUGGCACAUUUUUAACUGCUCUGGGCCAAGCCCUUGGCCCUGUUGACUUUCUCUCUAAUCCAUCCAUCCCAUUGACUUUAAAUACCACCAUAUGCUGCUGAUUGACAUGCAGGUCCAGCCCUGAUCUCUCCCUCAAGUUUCACACAGACUGUUUAUGCAAGAGCCUUAUUUGACAUCAUUACAAACUUAACCAUGUUCAAAGUGGAAGUCUUGAGUUCUCUCCAAAAACCUGUUUCAUGACCAGUUUUCUCUGCAUAUUUCCAUCAGCAUCUGUCUCACACUUUUGUCAAGGCCAAAAACCUAAGUCAUCCUUGAUUUCAUUUGUUUUUCCCACACCAAUCAGCAAGUCAUCUUAGCUCUGUCUUUAAAAUACAUCCCAAUCUGACUGCUUCAGACCACCUUCACCACUACCCUCUUCGUCCACAACACCAACAUUUCUGGCCUACACUAAUGCAGUAUCCUUGGCUCCCCACCUUUAUUCUCACCCUUCAUUCUGUCUUCACAGAGACUAUCAGCAUCAUCAUUGAAAAUUAUAAAGCAGGUCACAACACCUCUAUAUAAGAAUAACCCAACAAUUUCUCAUUAUACUUAGAAUAAAAUCUAAACUUUUUGCCAAGGUGUUAUGUGAUUUGCCACUGUCAGUAUUCACCAUGUUCCUGCUGACAUUCCGUCCUAACACACCAAGCUUGUUCCUGCUUCAGACCCUUUACAUUUGCUGUUCCAUCUGCCUGGAAUAUCCCCCAAGAUCUUUGCAUGGUUUGCAUCUUCUCAUCAUUUAGGUCCUGCUCAAAUACUACUUCACAGAUGACCCUAUCAGAAAUACCAGCUCUUAUGUCGAAAUCACUCUGACUGCUUUGUUUUCCAUAGCCCUUAUCACGACCAGACCUUAUUGGUUGCCUUUCCCAAUACGACAGAAAUGGCGUCUGCCUUGUUUAUUGCUAUAUCCCUAGCACCUAAAAUAGUGCCUGGCACAUAAUAAAUACUCUAAUAAUGAAUGGAUGAAUAGGUGGACAUCUGGAGCUCUGCCUUUAUUUAUAUCCUGCAAAGGAUCUCAGUCAAUGUAGCUAGAAGAAAUACAAUAUGAGCCACAUGUGUGCUGUUUUUUUCUUCUUUUCUUUUUUUAAAAAUAUAUUUUAUUGAUUUUUUACAGAGAGGAAGGGAGAGGGAUAGAGAGCUAGAAACAUCGAUGAGA